CGGAACUCGCGGGCCCCAACGCGCCUGCGCUUCCCCAGGUGCGUCGCUGCGUCUCGCGUUCUUCCGGGAGCUUCCCGGGCGGCGGGUCAGCAGUCGGCUCCGCGCAGACCGCCGAGCCGCGUUGCGGGCCCGGCAUGAACCGCUACCUGCUGCCGCUGUCGGCACUGGGCACCGUAGUAGGCGGCGCCGUGCUGCUCAAGGACAAUGUUGCCGGUGGGGUUUGCCCCAGCAAGGCCACCAUCCCUGGGAAGACGGUCAUCGUGACGGGCGCUAACACAGGCAUAGGGAAGCAGACCGCCUUUGAACUGGCCAAAAGAGGAGGCAACGUCAUCCUGGCCUGCCGAGACAUGGAGAAGUGUGAGGCAGCGGCAAGGGCCAUCCGCCGGGAGACCCUCAAUCACCAUGUGAAUGCCCGGCAGUUGGACCUGGCCUCCCUUAAGUCCAUCCGAGAGUUUGCAGCGAAGAUCAAUGAAGAGGAGCAGCGAGUGGACAUUCUCGUCAACAACGCGGCCGUGAUGCGGUGCCCCCACUGGACAACGGAGGAUGGCUUUGAGAUGCAGUUUGGCGUUAACCACCUGGGUCACUUUCUCUUGACAAACUUGCUGCUGGACAAGCUGAAAGCCUCAGCCCCUUCACGGAUCAUCAACCUCUCGUCCUUGGCCCACAUUGCUGGGCACAUAGACUUUGAUGACUUGAACUGGCAGACGAGGAAGUAUGACCCCAAAGCCGCCUACAGCCAGAGCAAGCUGGCCAUCGUCCUCUUCACCAAGGAGCUGAGCCGGCGGCUGCAAGGCUCUGGUGUGACUGUCAAUGCCCUGCACCCCGGCGUGGCCAGGACAGAGCUGGGCAGACACACAGGCAUCCAUGGCUCCACCUUCUCCAGCACCACCCUCGGGCCCAUCUUCUGGCUGCUGGUCAAGAGCCCCGAGCUGGCUGCCCAGCCCAGUACAUACCUGGCCGUGGCGGAGGAACUGGUGGAUGUUUCCGGAAAGUACUUUGAUGGACUCAAACAGAAGUCCCCAGCCCCCGAGGCUGAGGAUGAGGAGGUGGCCCGGCGGCUUUGGGCUGAAAGUGCCCGCCUGGUGGGCUUGGAGGUGUCCCAUGUGUCCUCUGUGAGGGAGCAACCCCUUCCCAGAUAACCUCUGGAGGUUUGAAAGCCAGGAUGGAGGCUGAGGCUCCAAGAUGGAGCCACAAGACCGAGGACCGCAGGCCACCACGCCCGCAGCAUCCUCUAGGGGGCGGUGUCAGCACCACCUGAGCCGGGAGACGCAGAACUGCCGGCUGCCACAACCGCAGCAUCCUCUAACGGGCAGUGCUGGUCGCAGCGGACUGGCUUGCAGGUGGGCACUGCCCUGGGCUCUGGCUGGUCCCGUGUGCUCUGCUGCCAGCAGGGGAGCAGGGCCAUACUUCCUCUGGGAAUCUAAACUGGGUACGGCUGAGGAGGAACAGUCUCUGUAUGCUUGAGGCCGAUGUCAGGAGAGGCAGCGGUGCCCGUGGGGGUGGGUUCCAAGGUGCUCCGUGAAGAGCAUGGGCAAGGUGUCUGACACUCGGUGGAUUCCUGGGUCCCUGUGGGACGCUGUGCACGCAUGGUCCUCUCUUGAGCCUUGAUUUCUCCAGCGGUGAAGUGCUCAGAAUAGCUGCUACCUCCUGUGAUGGCGUGGUGUGGUGAGCUGUUGUCUGGCCGUUGCAUGGCUGUGCACAGCCCCUGCCAGAGGUGCUUGCUGAGGGCUUCCUGUGCCAGAUCCUGGCCAGAGAGCAGGUGUCAUCUGAGUUCAAGCUCUGCCUGGAAUGGACUGGGAACUCCACCAGCUGCUGCAAGAACCUGGGAGUGCCUGGGGUUCCCACCUUCCUGUCAGUUCUCAUGGUAAUCCAUCCAAACUGCAGACUCUCAAACUUGCUCAUUUAAAAAAAAAAAAGUAGCGUUGUAGGUUUUAUUUUUUCCUCUGUGUACAGGGGAAUGUCCGUGAGCUGAACGAAGACAACUCACGGAUUUAUUCCUUUUAGGGACACAAGAUAUCAGUUUAUCACCAGGGCAAGAGGCCAUGCAGUUCAGACAUUUUAGAGAUGAAAACUCCUUUUACCCCUUUCACAGGCAAUGGUCACUUAAGUCAGGCUCUUACAAGACUGCUGUGUUAGAAACCGGGCGGAGGUCAGGGUGAGCUGAAGGGGCUCUGGGCUUAGAUGCAGAACUGAAGGGGGCACUGAAGAGCUGUCAUUGAGAUACAAAAA